AUGGCCUCUUCGCAGCAGACCGAUUCGGCCGACCAGGGCUCGCUGCUGAGUCCUGGUGGCAUAGCAGGCUCUUCGGGCAGAGAGCGGUCUCUAUCUGUGGCAUCAGCCGCAGCCUCAUCAUCCUACUCGGGCCCAACAGACCCAAACCACAGCCCGACCUCGUCGCUAUCACCAGAUGCGACCUGGCACCGGGAUCCGGCCCGGCUGUCGGUCCAACAUGCCUCGCAUCGACUUUCGCAGUCGAUCGAUGGCGAUACCCUGCGGCCGCGGUCUGACUCGUUUGCUUCGACCGCAGCGACAACAGUCCACUCGAGGACCAACUCACAUGUAGAGCAGGCUCCUGUCACUAAAAUGGUUUAUGAUGAUGUGUCGCUGUCAGAUGCUCUGACGCCGGAUCCUCGCAAUGAGACCGAUUUCCAGGUGCUGGAUAACCGGUUUGCGUUUUCGCCGGGCCAGCUGAAUAAAAUGCAGAACCCGAAGUCGCUGGCGGCGUUUCAUGCGCUGGGGGGCUUGCAGGGCUUGGAACGGGGUCUGCGGACGGAUUUGAAUGCCGGUUUAUCUGUCGACGAGGGGCCCUUGCAGGGCACUGUUGACUUCCAGGAGGUGACGCCUGCUGUUGAUACAAAGUACUCUUCGACAAGCAAACCACCACUACCAACACCACCCGAAUCUAGCAUCCCGCCACCGAACACGAUAUCAAAUGGCGAUGGCUCGCCGUUCGAAGAUCGCAUCCGCGUUUUCAGCCAGAACCGGCUCCCGGCUCGCAAAUCCACCGGGUUCUUGAAACUUCUUUGGAUUGCUUAUAACGAUAAAAUCAUCAUUCUCUUGACCAUUGCCGCCAUCGUGUCUUUAUCCUUGGGGAUAUACGAGUCCGUGGAUGGAGGCACGGGCGUGGACUGGGUAGAAGGUGUGGCCAUCUGCGUGGCGAUCCUUAUCGUCACCAUCGUGACUGCGGCCAAUGACUGGCAGAAGGAGAGGCAGUUUGCCAAACUCAAUAAGCGGAACGAUGACCGCGAAGUCAAAGUUGUUCGUUCGGGCAAGUCCACUAUGGUAUCGAUCUACGAUAUCAUGGUCGGCGACGUGCUCCAUCUCGAGCCUGGCGACUCCAUCCCCGCAGAUGGCCUUUUGAUCACAGGCCACGGUGUGAAAUGCGACGAAUCCUCGGCUACUGGCGAGUCCGAUCAGAUGAAAAAGACCCAGGGCCAUGAAGUAUGGCACCAUAUCGUGGAUGGUUCUGCCACCAAGAAACUCGACCCCUUUUUGAUUUCGGGGAGCAAGGUUCUUGAAGGUGUUGGCACCUAUUUGGUGACGAGUGUUGGGCGCUAUUCUACAUACGGCCGCAUCAUGCUGUCUCUGCAGACGGCUAACGACCCUACUCCUCUCCAAGUCAAGCUGGGUCGCCUGGCGGAUUGGAUUGGGUAUCUGGGCUCAGCCGCCGCUAUCAUUCUCUUCUUCGUUUUGCUUUUCCGUUUUGUCGCCGAGCUCCCAAAUCACCCUGACAUGCCCUCUGCGGCAAAGGGCAAGGAAUUUGUGGAUAUCCUGAUUGUCGCCGUGACAGUCAUCGUGGUUGCCAUUCCAGAGGGCCUUCCCCUGGCUGUGACUCUUGCGCUGGCAUUUGCUACCACGCGCAUGGUCAAGGAGAACAACCUCGUUCGUGUCCUUCGAGCCUGCGAGACAAUGGGUAACGCUACGGUCGUGUGCUCCGACAAAACGGGAACAUUGACCCAAAAUAAAAUGACCGUGGUUGCUGGCACCUGGGGCUCGGCUCGCAGCUUCGGCCAAUCGUCUGAUAGCGACGGCCCUGGCAACUCAGAAUCCAUCUCAGAGCUCUUCCAGCAAUGCUCGGCCGCGGUUCGAGAUCUGAUUGUGAAGAGUGUUGCUCUGAACUCCACGGCGUUUCAAGAGGAGAAAGAGGGACACAAGGAGUUUGUUGGGAGCAAGACCGAGGUUGCUCUCCUUCAGCUGGCUCAGGAUUAUCUGGGCAUGGACCUCGUCUCGGAACGAGGCUCUGCGGAGAUCAAGCAGUUGAUUCCGUUUGACUCUUCUCGCAAGUGUAUGGGCAUUGUCUAUCGCAAUCCUGGUGCUGGCUACCGUCUCCUUGUCAAGGGAGCAGCCGAGCUGAUGGUUGAUGCCUGCACGACACGAAUUAUGGACAUUGAUCUAUCCAAUGACAGACUCGCUACGCAACAGCUUUCUGAAAAAGAGCGACAACACAUCCUGGAGACAAUCGAUCGGUAUGCCCAAGGAUCUCUUCGGACGAUUGGGAUGGUCUACAAAGACUUUGCGACGUGGCCGCCGACCGAGGCGCAAAAGUUGGAAGAUGACUCUUCCGCGGCUGAGUUCGACGAUAUCUUUCGGGACAUGACCUGGGUCGGGGUUGUGGGCAUUCAGGACCCUCUUCGCCCGGAAGUGCCGCCAGCCAUCCGCAAGUGCCACUCAGCCGGCGUCCAGGUGAAAAUGGUGACCGGCGACAACAUCGCCACAGCCACCGCGAUUGCAUCGUCAUGCGGCAUCAAGACCGCAGACGGUCUGGUCAUGGAAGGGCCCAAGUUCCGGCAACUGGCCGAUGAAGACAUGGAUAAGGUGAUUCCGCGUCUGCAGGUUCUGGCGCGGUCGUCUCCAGAGGAUAAACGGAUCUUGGUCGAGCGGCUCAAGAUUCUUGGGGAAACCGUGGCAGUCACGGGCGAUGGCACCAACGAUGGUCCGGCUUUGCGCACUGCCGACGUUGGCUUUUCUAUGGGCAUCGCUGGUACCGAAGUUGCCAAGGAGGCGAGCUCGAUCAUUCUUCUGGAUGAUAACUUCCGGUCCAUUGUCACUGCUAUUUCCUGGGGACGGGCGGUUAAUGAUGCCGUGGCCAAGUUUCUUCAGUUCCAGAUCACUGUCAACAUCACGGCUGUGGUGCUGACCUUCGUGUCGUCGGUUUACAGCAGCGAGGGUAGCAGUGUCUUGAAUGCUGUGCAGCUGCUGUGGGUGAAUCUGAUCAUGGACACCUUUGCAGCACUAGCCUUAGCCACCGACGCCCCCACAGAGAAAAUCCUCGACCGCAAACCUGUCCCCAAACGGGCCUCUCUAUUCACCCUAACAAUGUGGAAAAUGAUUCUCGGACAAGCGGUAUACCAACUCGCCGUAACCUUUAUGCUCUACUUCGCCGGCGACAAACUGCUGGGCUCACACCUCGCCACCAACGACCCCACACUCCGCCAGACCCAACUAGCCACCAUCGUGUUUAACACCUUUGUAUGGAUGCAGAUCUUCAACGAGUUCAACAACCGCCGCCUCGACAACCGCUUCAAUAUCUUCGAGGGAAUGUUCCGCAACUACUGGUUCCUGGGCAUCAAUGCCAUCAUGGUCGGCGGCCAGGUCAUGAUCGUGUAUGUGGGCGGCAAGGCCUUUGGCGUGACCCGGUUGAGCGGCCUCCAGUGGGGGGUUUGUCUCAUCUGUGCUGUUGCCUGUCUUCCCUGGGCGGUUGUCCUGCGCAUGAUCCCUGAUCGCCAUUUCGGUGUCGUCUUUAAUGCCGUUGUUGGUGGUUUGGCGUUUGUGCUGCGGCCUCUGCUGAAAGGGUUUCAAGUCUGUGGUCGUGGUCUCAAGGCUCUCUUUGAGCCGGUGACGCGGUUCACCCGUCGGAUUCUUUCCUCGCGCGGGUCGAAGGAGGAUGAUAAUGAUGACUCCCCCAUUCGGCGCUCGGAGGAUGAUGCUUUCUUGAAGCGGGGGCAGGAUGAAGAAGCGCCAUCCUCGCACGCGGUCCAUGCUUCGAAAACUCCUGAACGCCCUACCACACCGCCUCCUGUGGCGGCCACCAGCCCCACCUCCCCAGCUCUCCCCCGACGCACUGCAUCGCCUCACGGUUACCUGCCAUCUCCCCUCGAUCCCAGCGACUUUGUCUUUUUCUUCCAGGACUCGGCCUUUUCUCUCAUAUUCCCCCAUCCCCGCACUGUUGAAUAUCUCUCCGCACAUCCCCCCCAAAGCCCACUUCCCGCCCACUGCAUCAACAAUUCCGAACAGAUCACGCCCAACAGCCAACUAGCCCCGGAGCCCAUUCUCGAUAAGGGAGCUUUCGACUGGAUCAUCAACCCAAAUAACUCACUUGAGCCAUUUCAAUUAUUCGAUUCUGCUGUUCCCCCGCACGCCACAGCGCACACCUUGCCCACCAUGUCGCAACUCAACUACCGCACCAUCAACAUCGACCUCCUCGACCCGGAGUCCUCGAGCAACUUCCCCAUGGAAACCCUCCUCCCCGGCACGCUGCCCCAACCCGAGACCUCGAGUGAUGCCGCCAACGUCGCGACGCAAGUCCGCCAGCUGCUGCGCGGCGGUGAUCCCGAGGGCGCCCUCCGGCACGCCCUGGACACCGCGCCGCUGGGCGGCGACGACCGCGCAAGGGAGGUGCACCUGGCUACCGUGGUGGAGGUGCUGCAGGGGAUCCGGCAGGGCGAGAUGACCCGCAUUCUGGAGGGAGUAUGUGGCGGGAAUAGCGGGGCAGAGCGGGCAGACUGCUUGAUGAAGUAUCUAUACAAAGGAAUGUCCUCGCCUGCCCCCAGUAGCGGCGCCCAGUCGCCGCGCAAGUCCGUUUCGCCGCAGAACACGGGCUUCUCGCAGAUCCAGGCCCGUAACUUGGGCGAAGGCGGCGGUGGUCAGCAGAUGAGCGUGUUGCUGAAUUGGCACGAGAAGUUGGUUGAGGUGACAGGGACUGGGUCGAUUGUGCGGGUCAUGACGGACCGCCGGACGGUUUAA